UUUGAAUCCAUUUCCUUUUUCCACAUAUGGCUAUGUAUGUAUUUCUGCAAAUUCACUAAAACAAACUUUUCAAACAAUUCAAUUUUUGAUAGGAGUUGCAGAAAAUGGCUGAGGAAAACAGCACGGACACUUCAAUAAUAUGUUAUGCGCCAAGCAUGAUCACCACAAAUGGAGUUUGGCAAGGCGACAAUCCUCUGGAUUUCUCCCUCCCUCUCUUUGUUCUUCAGCUUACCUUGGUUGUUGUCAUCACUCGUUUUUUUGUCUUUAUACUCAAGCCCUUUCGCCAACCUCGUGUUAUCUCCGAGAUCCUUGGUGGAAUCGUGCUAGGGCCAUCAGUGCUUGGGCGCUAUGAAAAGUUUGCAAAUACCAUAUUCCCUCAAAGAAGUGUGAUGGUACUUGAAACAAUGGCUAAUGUUGGUUUACUAUACUUUCUUUUCCUGGUGGGUGUAGAGAUGGACAUUAUGGUGGUCCGUAAGACAGGGAAGCGAGCACUAACAAUAGCUAUUGGUGGUAUGGUCUUGCCAUUCCUCAUUGGCGCUGCUUUCUCUUUCUCUAUGCAUAGAUCAGAUGACCAUUUAGGGCAAGGCACAUACAUACUCUUCCUCGGUGUAGCUCUCUCUGUUACUGCAUUCCCUGUCCUUGCAAGGAUUCUUGCUGAGCUAAAGCUCAUCAAUACUGAGAUUGGUCGGAUAUCAAUGUCUGCAGCCUUAGUCAACGACAUGUUUGCUUGGAUUCUUCUCGCCUUAGCCAUCGCAUUAGCCGAGAGCGACAAAACUUCAUUUGCCUCCCUUUGGGUCAUGAUCUCUAGUGGAGCUUUCAUUGCCUUUUGUGUCUUUGUUGUGAGACCUGUCAUUUCUUGGAUCAUACGGAAAACCCCUGAAGGAGAGAACUUUAGUGAGUUCUAUAUAUGUCUCAUCUUGACAGGAGUCAUGAUCGCAGGUUUUAUUACUGAUGCAAUCGGAACUCAUUCAGUCUUUGGAGCUUUUGUGUUUGGUCUUGUGAUUCCCAAUGGACCUCUUGGUCUUACCCUCAUCGAGAAACUUGAAGAUUUUGUUUCUGGACUUCUCCUACCUCUCUUCUUCGCCAUAAGUGGUCUUAAAACUAAUAUAUCUUCCAUUCAAGGCCCUGCCACUUGGCUUACUCUGAUGCUUGUUAUCUUCCUCGCUUGUGCUGGAAAGGUUAUCGGUACUGUUAUCGUUGCAUUCUUCCAUGGAAUGCCAGUUUGUGAAGGAAUCACUCUUGGCCUACUCUUAAACACCAAAGGUCUAGUUGAGAUGAUAGUCCUCAAUGUUGGAAAGGACCAAAAGGUUUUAGAUGAUGAGACAUUUGCUACCAUGGUACUUGUAGCCUUAGUUAUGACUGGAGUCAUAACUCCUAUUGUAACUGUUCUCUACAGGCCAGUAAAACGUUCUGUAUCUUACAAACGACGAACUAUUCAACAGACAAAGUCAGACAGCGAGCUUCGAGUACUAGUAUGUGUCCACACACCGCGUAAUGUACCUACUAUAAUAAACCUUCUUGAAGCUUCACAUCCUACAAAGCGAUCUCCCAUAUGCAUCUACAUUCUCCAUCUUGUUGAGCUCACAGGUAGAGCAUCUGCAAUGCUGAUUGUCCAUAACACUCGAAAAUCUGGACGACCAGCGCUUAACAGAACACAAGCUCAAUCGGAUCACAUCAUUAAUGCCUUUGAGAAUUAUGAACAACAUGCUUCUUUUGUUGCUGUUCAACCUUUAACAGCUAUUUCACCUUAUUCUACAAUGCACGAAGAUGUUUGUAGCUUGGCAGAGGAUAAACGUGUCUCUUUUGUAAUCAUACCAUUUCACAAACAACAAACUGUGGAUGGAGGAAUGGAAGCAACAAAUCCAGCUUACCGUUUAGUUAAUCAAAACCUUCUUGGAAACUCGCCUUGCUCUGUUGGAAUACUCGUAGACAGAGGACUCAAUGGUGCCACGAGAUUGACGUCAAACACUAUCUCUCUCCAAGUUGCUGUACUGUUUUUCGGCGGUCCAGACGAUAGAGAAGCUUUGGCAUAUGCUUGGAGAAUGGCUGAACAUCCGGGCAUUACUUUAUCUGUGUUGCGGUUUAUUCCUGAUGAAGCUAUAACAGAAGCAACUUCGACACAAGCAACCAAUGAAACUGAUGGGAAGAUGAAUCUGGACUUGAAAAAGGAAAGACAACUUGAUAAUGACUUCAUCAAUACUUUCAAGGAAGCAAACACGGAUUACGAGUCAAUUCUUUAUAUCGAAAAAGUAGUUAGCAAUGGAGAGGAGACGGUUGCAGCAGUAAGAUCAAUGGAUAGCUCUCAUGAUCUUUUUAUAGUUGGAAGAGGAGAGGGAAUGUUGUCUCCUCUCACUGCGGGUUUAACUGAUUGGAGUGAGUGUCCUGAGCUCGGUGCCAUUGGAGAUUUACUUGCCUCGUCAGACUUUGCAGCCACGGUUUCGGUUCUUGUGGUUCAGCAGUAUGUUGGGUCAUGGGCACAAGAAGAUGAGAUGGAAUUGCCUGAUACUCCAGUAAACUCACAUGACCAACAAAAGACCACAAAUGGUUUAGAGAAUCCACGUUAGCGAAUAUUGAGAUUUUGUGUAUUAAUUCUUGUUUUUUUAUAUAUUUUUUUAUCAUGCUAAGUUUCCUCUUCUGAGUUUGGUCGGGACUUUGGUUUUCGAGAAAAGGUCAUUUUUUUUGUUUCUGUGAAACCCUAUGGUUGGAUUUAUGGCGAUAUCAUCAUCUGGCUCCGUAGAUUCAAUCAAAGAUACUUGCUCAGAUCUCGUCCUUCCUUCUCACCACACAAGCUUUUUUAUCUUUAUUAUCUCCAAAAGAUGGAUGAAUCUGUUGC